AUGGGCGACUCCCAGAACCCCCCAGGUCGCUCCUUCGGAUACCCUGACUUCCCUUGGAGCUCGAUUGGCGACCCGGCUAUCGAGUGGCUUGAAGGACUCGUGCCGUGCCUUGUGUGCGAACCCGUUGAGACGUACUUUCAGAGGCUGUCGAGCAUCUCGAUCCCGAAUCUCGUGAAGAUCAUCACCGACUUCGAGAAGACCGGCAAAAGACCGAGCUCCAGCUGCAAGUGUGCUUCUGGAAGCAGCGGAAGCAGCAAUACUGCGACACCGGCAAGUCUUCCUCUCGCCACGUGCCGACUGCUUGAUGAGACGGUCUGGGCGUACGACCACGUCGUCGAGUCCACCCAUGCGUUGAGCUGGAUCAAAAAUCGCUGGUUGGAGAAGCACUACGAGAACACCUUAUGCGCAGGAUGGAAGAAGUACGUCCAUGAGGCAAGCAACAAGCUCUGGGUGCUGUCGUACGGCCAGUUUCUUCCCUGGGCAAUCUUCCCCUCCUACCUCACGUAUGCCAAGAACUACACCAUCUUCGGCCCGAGCCGCGCUCCCAGUGGAUUGAACGGUGCCGUAAUCACGUUGAAGCGCCGCCAGCAGUCCAACCCUGGCUCGAGCGAAGAGGACUACGGGCCCUGGAUCUUCUACCUCCACCGACCCUCGCUGACUCUCCCUGUCGAGUUCGGGGCACCCUUAACGGCAGCAAUCGGUGUGAUGGUUUUGGAGCCCAGCUUCCAGGACACGGAUGCCAAGAGGCUCUUCGCCUGCCAUACCGGUUGCGAAGUUGACAUUGCCGCUGCCGAGGACUGGACCAAGGUCGGUUUCGCCCCUCCACCAGGUGUGAAGGGCGCCAAGGAGGUGUGCCUGAAGGGCCUCAACGGCGUCACCGUCCUCUACCUUGCCUGUUGUGUCCUCCGCAUGGACGAUGCAUGCGCGAAACUGCUUCAGAUGAAGGAUACGGGCAACAUGGUUCUCAACGACAUGAUCAAGCGCAACUUUGUCGGUGUCCUUGAAGUCCAUGCGCCCGUGUGUCUUGAGGCCCUGGUUUCUUCGGCCAUGCAAGUGAGCACUGAAUGGUGCUUCGAGGCCCUGUGCCAGCGUUUCUCGCUCUGGUUCAGGGUCUGGACCAACCGCCCCAAGGCUGAGCGUCUCCUCGGACAGUCACCCCUCGAUCUCAACAGGCUCACCAAGGAUCUCUUCGCGCUGUGGACUCGCUCGCGUACACGCAAGGGUUUCAGAGUAUUCGCACCCGACACCGAUGAGGGCUGGGAGAACACAGCCGAAGUCACCGCCAUGGGGGCGUUCUACGGCAGUGUUGUCGGCACCGUCACCCUGACAUCGCUCAAGAUCAUCAAGCGGCGGGUGGAGAAGAUGGACAAGAAGAAGCGCAACGCCAACCUGAUGGCUGAGUGGGGCAAGAACGCCGUCGCCAUCUUGACUGCGGUCUUCAAGAACAGCGCCGCCAUCGACCUUCAAGCCACCAAGGAGGCGUACCUCAACCGCGUCAAUGAGAAGAUUGUCAGCGCCAACACCGAUGAGCUGUUCAGUUUGAGCAUGUACCUGCACGGCAUUCGCAGCAGCCUCUGCUCCGUCACCACGUCGUACGGUGACCAUCUUGACGGUGACCGCCUCCACCGCGGCUUCCAACAAGCGUUCAGCUGCGUCACAACCCAGCUCGCACCGAUCGACAUGCAGACAGUUCUGUCGUUCUUCUCCCCAGGUGCUGGAUCUGCGGAUACGUCAUCUUCCGUCUCAGCCACAAUCGCGAGUGUUGCGAACGGUGCGAUGAAUACCCCAACCGGAAGCGUCAUCGCUGGCACCGGCGCCACCACGCCCCAGAUUCAGCCACUCACGUCGUUGCGCGAAGGCGCUGUCAGUCAUCACUCGGCAAGUUUUGGUCCCCUUAUCUUCGAAGACCUGGCGUCCCUGAAGGUCCACACGUACACUUCCGAAUACAUCAAGACCAGUCCUCGCUUCAAGAGUGCAUGGGAUGGCACCGGCUCUGCCCAGAGUCCGAUCUCAACCGGCUCGCUGCUGCAGCAGUGUCUCCAGAUGACUCCCAGAUCUCCUGCGUUGUCGGCACAGUCCGGCCCCACAUCCGACGCCUUCAGGAACGCUGCCCAGCUGGCAGUUCGCGAUCAGCAGGCGCAGCGCGUCUAG